AAAAAACAUGGCAACAAAGGCAAAGAACAACAAGGUGGGGAGUGAAUUGGGUUGUGGUCUCAUGGGGAGAAUUCUCCAACUCAAAAACAACAAGCUGAGAAAAGCAUCUGUUCACUCACUACCCUUGAAGGCUAGUGACAAUGCAAUGAAUGAUCAUGGCAAAAGUGAACAUAAAAAGUCACCAAAUGAUGAAUCAAAGGUUCCACAAAGAAGCUCCACAGACACUGCACUCACUGAGCCACAUAAACUGGGUGAAGCUCAGAAAACAGCUAGAAAGAGUGCCUCUAUUAAUCCACAAUCUUCUACAUUUCGAAACAAUCAAAACCGAAGACAGUCAGAUGCUGCCAGAAGCUCAACAUCAUCAUCCACUAGCAGUUCAACUUCAACUCAAACAAAGGUUCAACAAAACAAGGACAAGAAUUAUGAGAGCAAGCCACACAGAGAUCCCAUUGGAACUUCUCUUGCACUUGCUAGGAUAAGUACUAGUCAUCAGAGAGACAAUGUGAGUAUCAAGUCCCCAAACAAAGACUUUGGUAACUUGAAACUCACCGGGAAUUUGCUUGUGAAUAACACCCCAAGAAGAAAGAGUGUGGAAUACAUGCCUAAAAAUGCAGAUUUGAACUCUGUGCCCAGUUCUUAUAGCAAUGCAAGCAAAGGGUUGAUGGGGAAUAUCAUGAGGAAGAACAGCAGCAGCAAUGAUUUUGCAAAAUUUUUGAGUCCAAGACACAACAAAGUGGACCCUGAGCUGUUGAAGUCCGUCGGAAAUGAAGCAUACAAGCUAGGAAGAUUUGAAGAAGCUUUGGCUUUGUAUGACCGAGCAAUUGCUCUUGAUUCAAAUAAGGCAACGUAUCAUUGCAACAAGAGUGCAGCUUUAAUUGGCUUAGGAAGGCUUCAAGAAGCAAUUUUUGAAUGUGAGGAAUCUAUUAGGUUGGACCCUUCAUAUGUCAGAGCCCACAACCGUUUGGCAACAAUAUAUUUCAGGUUGGGAGAAGCAGAAAAAGCACUGGAUUGCAACCAGUCAACCUCAUAUGCUGAUUCAAUACUUUCUUUCCAAGCCAAGGCUCUUCAGAAUCACCUUAACAAAAUCAUAGAAGCACGAAAAGUCAAUGAAUGGGGCGUCGUACUGAAGGAAACAGUGUCUGCAAUAUCCUUAGGUGCUGAUUCAGCUCCACAGGUCUAUGCUUUACAGAUUGAAGCCUUGCUGAAGCUCCUAAGAUAUCAAGAGGCGUAUGCCAUCUAUGAGAAAAUGCCAAAAUAUUCACUUGAUUGGUGUAACAAGAUAUUCGGCUUGGCUCGCAGUGCGUACUUAUUGAUAAUAGGCGCACAGGUUUACUUGGCAGCCGGCAGGUUUGAGGAUGCUGUGGCUGAAGCUCAACAAGCAGCUAAAGUUGAUCCAAGCAACAGAGAGGUGAAUGCAGUGUUAAGGAGGGUUAGAGCAGUAACAUCAGCUAGAGUGAGUGGAAACUUACUCUUCAAGGCAAUAAAAUUCAUGGAAGCAUGUGCUGUGUACAACGAAGGACUAGAGCAUGAUCCACACAACUCAGUUCUACUAUGCAACAGAGCUGCAUGUCGCUCUAAGCUUGGCCAAUAUGAAAAAGCGAUUGAGGAUUGUAAUGCAGCACUUAUGGUUCAACCAUGUUAUAACAAAGCAAGGCUAAGGAGGGCAGAUUGUAAUGCCAAGUUGGAGAGGUGGGAAGCAGCUAUUCAAGACUAUGAAAUGUUAUUAAGAGAAAAGCCAGGGGAUGAGGAAGUGGCGAGGGCCUUGUUUGAAGCUCAGCUGCAAGUCAAGAUUCUGCACGGUGAAGAUAUUAAGGACUUGAAAUUUGGUUCUAAUUUGGUGUUCAUCUCAAGUAAUGAUCGGUUCAGACAUUAUGUGACUUCACCUGGGAUGGCUGUGGUGCUCUUUAGCAACAAGACAACCCGCAAGCAAGUGUUGCUAAUGUUGGAAGAAACGAGCAAGAGAUUCCCAUCAGUUAAUUUCCUCAAGGUGGAGAUUGAAGACCACCCCUACUUAGCAAAGUCAGAAGGUGUGAACUCUAUCCCAAUCUUCAGAAUAUACAAGAAUGGAUCAAGGGUUAAAGAAAUUUCAAGCAACAACCAUGAGUUGUUAGAAAGAUCAAUCAAAUUGUAUAGCAGCUGAUAAUUGCACUUUUUCAUA